GUGUGGGGCACCGACAGAGCCGCUUGCAGCAGGAGCUACGUGAAGCGCAUGACGCGCUUGCCAAAGAGUUGUCCGUGGUUGACGAGAAACGGAACGCCGCUGAUGCCAGCAUUGAAUCAUUGGAGACAAGGAAGCUUCAACUGCGACAGCAGCUGCAUGCAAUCGAUGAGAAGUUGCAUGCCGCGCGUGAGGGACAACGCAACUGGCUCUCUGAGAAGGAUCGCCGGCGGCGGGCAGUGGAGGAUGUGGAGGCGACUUUUCGAAGAAACCUCCAAGAGGCUGAAGACCAGGGCUUAGCAGCCAGGAAGGAGCGGGCUGCCGCGGAGAAGGUGAAAGCUGCCGCUGCUGAGACUGAGUCGCUGGCAAUCCGCGCCCUGUCUGAAGCAGCUGCAGAGUUAAGCUCGAAGGCAGGGCAGUUUGACAGCCACCUGCUCAACGUUCUGCUGGAACAUCUGGGGCAUGAAGAGAAGCGAGUUCGGUUACUUGAUCAAGAGUCCGACACCUGCGCCGACAUCAUGACCAAGCACAAGGCUGAGAUUGACCUGAUGGGUGUGAUGGACCGGCCACUCACCAGCGUACUUGACGUGGCAGAACAGAGGCACUUGUGCCAGACUUCGGCUGCUGCGGAUGCAGCCCUCAAGGCAUGUGCCGGUUUUGCUCGUGAUUUUGGCCCGUUCCUCAGCAGGAACCCAGAAGCCCAGGGGCGCUUGCAAAAGUUGGAAGCAGACCAUGCCGAAGUGAUUCGCAAACUGACACCUUGCCGCGACCUGUUGGGUGCAAAGCAGGGUCAAAUCCCACCUGCCGCGCCUGCAACACAGGUGACGUACCCGCAAAUCGGCCAGACAGGGCAGCCCCAAGUCGAGCGCACUUCUGCUUAUCCAAGCAAGGGAGCGGAAGAGCAAUCAGGAAGCGGUAGCCGUGACGCAGCCAUGCAGAUGCAGCCAACACAGCUUUCUGCAAACCAGACUCCUGCCGCACACAAUCAUCAGCCAGCGCAGCCCAGUGAAGCGCUUCACGAAAGCCAAGAGCCAAAAGCUUCACAGCCAGCAGAAAUGCCACAGCCAGCUGUACUAGGGCCAGCAUUAGUGCCCUCUGUGCAGUUAGCAGCAGACCAACGAGCACAAACGCCAACCCUGCAAGCAACACCAGCAGCACAAGCAGCCGCAUCUGCACAAACAGCGCCACCCCGAGCAGCAGCUGCAGAAACACCAACUGUCGCGGAAGCGACUGGGUCAGGGUUGGAGCCAACAUGA